CCAGCCCGGCUCGGCUCCCUCGGCCCCGUGGCGGGCGGAGGGCACUGGCUGGCGAGCAUGCCCAGGCGCGCCAUCUGACGGGGCCAUGCUAGGGAGGGCGGGCGCAGAGGCGGGUCCGAGACGAGGCCCGGCCCGGCGGGGCGGGCGCUGACUGCCGGGCGCUGAGGCCCGGAGCGACGGGCGCUGCGCAGAGCCCGGCUCCCCGCUGCGGAGGGUGAAGGAGCCGAGCCCGGCCAGGCCAUGCCCGGCCCCCCGACGCUGGGGGCGGCAGGCCCCGGCCCGGACCCGGAGGAGCGCUACGAUUUCCUCUUCAAGCUGGUGCUGAUCGGGGACGCCAGCGUGGGCAAAACCUGCCUGGUGCAGCGCUUCAAAACCGGGGCCUUCGCCGAGCGCCAGGGCAGCACCAUCGGCGUGGACUUCACCAUGAAGAGCCUGGAGAUCCAGGGCAAGCGGGUCAAGAUCUGGGACACAGCAGGCCAGGAGAGAUUCCGAACCAUCACACAGAGCUACUACCGAAGCGCCAAUGGAGCAAUCCUAGCCUACGACAUCAGCAAGAGAAGCUCUUUCCAGUCCAUUCCUCGCUGGAUUGAGGAUGUGAGAAAGUAUGCUGGUUCCAACAUAGUACAGUUACUGAUUGGAAACAAGUCUGACUUAAGUGACCUUCGAGAGGUUCAGCUGGAGGAGGCUCAGAAUCUGGCUGAACACUAUGAUAUCAUCUGUGCCAUAGAAACGUCUGCGAAAGACUCCAGCAAUGUGGAGGAAGCUUUUGUGAAGAUGGCAACGGAGCUCAUGAUAAGGCAUGGAGGCCCCAUGUUCAAUGAGAAAAACACAGACAGCAUCAAACUUGACAGCAAAGACAUAGUAGAAGGCUGGGGGCCAUGCAGUUGCUGAUACAAGCUAGGUAGUAUCCCUGACUUUACUGGAAUUUAGAGGGAUGUCUCCCCCUAAGGCUGAGUAGCACAGUAGCUGUAUCCUCCUCCUGAGAGACCAGCAUUUUUGUAGACAUUAGACACCAAUGCAAUCAAGAUUUUGUCUUUUACUUUUAAAAAAAGGACUUUGUUGAGGUUUAGACCUAAAAGUUCAACCUUCCUUGACAUUUACUCUGUAUUUGCCCCCAUUAUUUUCUUUGCUGCAACCUUCUCAGUAAGUUAUGAAUCUGAGUGAAGCAGCAUGGAUCUGUUUGUUGGAGGGCAGGGGAAGGUAACUAGACAAGAAACCACCACAUACCUGAAGUUCUAAACCCUUCAGUAUGGAAUAGCUGUCAAAGGUGUAACUAUUUUUGCUUUUAGGUCAGUCAACCUUGAUAGAGUCUUUUUAAAUUCUCAGCAUUCCACCAAUGACCACAUACACCAGACAGUUUAGACAGUGGCUGUGGCAAAGGUGUUUCAAGUAUCAAAAUGCUUGAAUGUUUUAAACAUGGGACCAAGCAGCAGUCACCUGUCCAAGACACUGGACCACCAUGGAAGCUCUCUCCUUGAAAGUAAAAUGUGGCACAUGGACUGCUAAAUAUUGUUGGUACAAGCCCAAGUGGGCUGUCAUGCUGAUUUUUAAAAAAUCAUCAUUCAAAUAGUGAAAUCAGUCUGAGCAAUACCGGUUGCCUGCUUGUUUACCAAGAUAAACAUUAAAUGUACUGACUCAAAUUCACUCUUGGAGAAGGAGGGGUUUGAUUAUUUUGUUACUUAUUUGCACAGUGAAUAGUUCCUUUUCCAACUUGGUGUCAUGGAGUUUUUACCCUCAGCUUUAUUCAUUUCAUUCAAUAACUCAAGAACAGCACCACUGGAAAUAAGAACUGGAGAAGCCUUGAACAGACUUUGCUAGCCAUGACUGACUUUGGAGUGCUGUAGUAUGCCUAACUGGUCACAUAGAACAUUAAUUCCAAUCACAUGUGAUUAGCAUUAGUUUUUGUUGCCAGAGGUUUCAUUGCACAAGUGACUGUGACUGUCCCAUUCUUUAACUACAGCCUGGGCAUUUGAUGGGACAGUGAACUUCAAAUUAGCUGAGGACUGUAUGAAACAUGAUUUCUUGGCUAUAGGAAAAUAUUGAGAUCUCUCGGAUUCCCUCUCUCACAAAUACAAGUUGCCAGUUGAUUUUCAUUUCUUGCAGAUCUUCAGCAAGAAAAAUCUUUUUACUAUUGACCAAAAGUCUGCAUUAUUAAUUAAAUUGAUUUAAUAACCCAGCUAAGUAGUUGGCUUAAAGAUGUAGCUCUUUAUUAGGAGCUUAUGUUGUGUCUGCCAUUAGAAAGUGCUGACGCCAGCAACUAUCCCUGGAUUUACUCCCUCAAGCACCUUACAAACAGGGAUUUACAAAAGGAACAGAAGCUGGAUUUUUUAAAUCUACAGUUUAAAGCCAAGGUUUUCAGAAUGGUGAUUUUGGGUGCCCGACUCUAGAUAUUUUAAAAGAUCCUGAUUUUCAGAAGUGCUGAUUACCCACCCUCAAAAAUCAGGUCCCCUUAAGGUGUUUCAGGAUGCUGCACCUAUAGAAAAAAAAUGAAGGCACCCAAAAUCAGUCGUCAUUUUUGAAAGUCUUAACCUAAAAGGAUAGGGUGUAUUUGGAUUAUUGUUAUUACCAGGAAUACAGAUUAUGGCCAUUCCACACAUAGCAUGAAAGCCAAGAAACUAGGAAAGGGCUAAUAUCAUGGACCCUGUUUUAAAUGUUGAUUCAUCAGAAAAAUCAUUUUCCUGCAGAAAAUGUUGAACUAUUUUCUACUGAAGUAGUUGACUAAAGAAUUAUGUAUGUUUUGUAGACUGUUUGCUUGUAAUUUAAGAUAAACUUGACUUCAAAUUUUAUAGUUGUAAGAAUAAAGGGGCCUUAAAACAUUUAGUUAGUUUAGUUUUCACAUUUCUAUUUUAUAUGGAAAUGCAGGGUGAGGCACAAAUAUGGUUUUUGGUUUUAAAUAGGGCAGUUUUCCAGGAUACUCCAGGGUCUCCUACAUCCAAAGAUAAGAGGCACCAAGUGCCCAGAAGAAAAUAAACACUAGAGAUGGAGUUUUUCCAAAACUCCAGGCAAUUAACUUAGUAUCGGUUAGUAAACAGCAAACCCCCUACUCUAUCCCCCAAAAGGGGGUAAAAGUCAGUUUAAUCUAGAAAAGAGGUCUGAUUAAAAACUAAAAUUCAGUCCUGAAAUCUUUUUUCUAGUGAAAAGGUACCAUAGCAAAUAUAUUUAAGAUCCUCUUCUGUUUGUUGAUCAGCCUGAAUAGGCUGGGUAGAGUUAUUCUGUCCAUUUCUGAAGUGCUCACAGUAGAAAAACUGACAAGGUCUUAAACCAGAGAAUACUUGCGUUUUGUCAUCAUAUGUUUUAGUGUACAUCUAUAGGCCCAAAUCCAACAAUUUGGUGUGCCCACACAUGGAUCUUUACAUCAAUCCACAGUCCCAUUAUUUGCAGGACUGGUGCCAACUUACAUACUUAAAACCAUGCUGGUAAAAAUUCAUGUGCAUGUAAAAACAAGAGUAUUGAAACUACUUAGAUCACAGCUGAUCCUCUGUAGCUUAGAUAAUGCAUUCUAGGCCUAGAUAAGCUAUAUAUCUCAUCAAGAACCAGAAAGGACCUGGACCCUAUUCCCAUUGCAGUCAUCGAAAGUUUUGCCACUCACUAUAAAUGGAGGCAGAUUUGAGCCCAACAUGUUAAAAAAUAAAAGCAUGCGAGUUUCUUUAAUAUUGACCUAUGUUUAGCAACCAAAUAGAAAUAAAUCAAGCACUUUAUUUUUUCUUAAUCCUUUGCCAUGGGUCACCUAGUGUUUCAACUGAAGCAUUGAAGUUUAAGAAUCCACCUGCAGAGCUUAGUCUGUUUCAGGCAGAAGUUGUUAUAAAAUGCAGUACCAGUUGUUUGUUCGCUGGGCCUUCAACUGAAGGAUAUGCUUCAGCUUCUUGGAUUUUCCUGUAAAGCUAUAGUCCUUUAGUUUUAGAGCAGCUAUGUCUUCUCACUUAAAAAACAACACCACCCUAUAAUACAUGUUUGCAUGUCCUACCUAGCAAAACGUCAGGGAAUAAAGAAAUGGAGAGAGGAACCUCAUUUAUCCAAAUCAGUUUGCCACGUAUCAGUCAACGGUAUAGUGUUUGGGUUCAUAAUACACUGUUUCAGCUAUCCCAGCGGCAUAUACCACACACAUCACCUGGGUGUGAUAGUAAUGGUACAAUCCUCACUAGAGGCAUGGUUCUUUGUACUGAAAUAUAUUUAACCAUGAAAACAGAAUUUAUAUCUUUUUCAAUAAUCCCUUUUAUAGAAGUCACUGUUUAGCUAGCCGUAGAGCCAUAAGUCAUAUCCAUAGCUAUGCAAUCUAAGCAGUAGGAGCCAAAUCCUGCUUGCUUUAUUUUCAGUAAUCCCAUUGACACCAAAAGGAGAAUCGUGCUAGAGGAGGAUGAGCAGGAUUUGGCCCUACAUUUAUAGGCACAAAACUAUUUCUGGGAAAUCUCAGGUUAGGAACCUGCAAUGAUGUACAUCAAAUGAGUGGCUCAGUAGCAUACGAGCACAGUUUAAGGCCAAAAUAUUUGCUAAGAGCCCUCUUUGCUGGCAGUUGAACAUUAGGAAGAAAAUAUAUAGCCAUUACACUAAAUUGCUUUAGGCAGAUCAUCUUAGCUUACCAUUACUUUUAUAGUAUUUAUCGUUUGCAUUUGGCAGUGCCCAAAGUAUGCUAAGUACAGUAGAGUCUCAAAAAAGGGGCAUUGAUCCUUGCCCCAAACAGCUUACAAGCCUGAAAUUCAAUGGCAAACACUGAAAUGAGAAUUCUUACAGAACUUUGUUCUCUUUGUGUGAAUGGUGCUCUUCCCUGUUUUGGUUUGGAUAUAACUAACUUUUAAAUUCAUCUCCUGUUGCUGAUGCAGUCCAUUUUGAUGGGCAGAAUUUGUGCAAAUAUUUAUAAUUAUGUCAUUUUCAAAUAAAUGUGUAUUAGCAUAGAACCCUGAUAAUAAUUUGUUUUGUAAAACGAACUAAAAUACUGAACACUGGAGAUAAAAAUCCCCUAAUUAUGGUAUCAGUUUUACUACACUCAAGGUCAUGUCACAUUCUGCAGUGUUUGUUAACCUCAAACGGUAUCUGACCCAGCUGACGCUCCACUUCAUGGAGUUUCACAAGAGCUUUGGCUUUACUUCAGUUUUUUCAUUGCCUCUGGAGUUCUAUAAUGAAUGGCACACUAUCAACAAGACUGCAUAAGAUCAGAUUUACUAAAACAAUAGGUUUUAUUGUUGAGUAGUGCUGACAAAUUGUUCAAGCAGCACUAUUCUUAAACAAUAUUGAAAAGCAGUUUCUUGAUUCUCCCUAGCAUGUAUUGUUCCAUUAUUUAAUGUUAUAGUCCAAAACAGUAUCUGACUGGCCAUUUGAUUGUCUCUUGCCUUCUGGUAUUGAUCCCCAGUAACUCUAGUGGUAUUCUCAACUAUAUAUAUAUAUAUAUAUAUAUAUACACACACACCCACAUACAUACACACACACACACUCCCAAAGAAAGCUUGUCUAAAGUAAAUUAAGGUAAUACACACAAGCAAAUUUGCAUAAUAAGUCUAAAAUUUAAAGAGCAUUUACUGGUUAAUAAAUUACCGAGUAGCUGAAAUUAUUUAGCCUCAACCACUGUGCCUCCCAGCAUUCAGGUGUACAUUAACAGAUCAGCUUGUACACUGGAGGAAAACUCAUUGGGAACAACCCAUUCUUUGAGAAGCUGGAAGAUAAAAGGGAAGGAUGACCGCCUGAUAUCUUCCAAGAUUGGGAGGUUAGGCCUGUUCUCUGUAGAAUCAUUCAGGACAUUAACAAGGCUCAAGACUGAGGUAAACAAACAGACACACAAAACAGAUGUAGACAAAUCUAAAGAGAGUUAAAAUGAUUUUUUUUUUUUUUUUUAGUUCUCAUGGAAAAUCUAAGGUACUUGUAUGGCUUCCAUUACCAUAGUAUCUGAAUGCCUCACAAUCUUUGAUGGAUUUAUACUCACAAUACCCCGGUGAGGUAGGGAGGUGGUGUUAUCCCAAUUCACAGGCACAGAGAGACUAAGGCCAUGUCUACACUUACCAGGGAUCGAUACUGCUGUGAUCGAUGCAGUGGGUCUACAAGACCCGCUAAAUCGCCCACAGAGUGCUCUCCGGUCAACUCCAGUACUCCACUGGACCAAGAAGAGUAAGGUAAGUCGACGGGAGAGCAUUUCCCGUCGACACAGCGCAGUAAGUCGACCUGCGCUACAUCAACUCCACUUACGUUAUUCAUGUAACUUAGAUUGUAGUAGUGUAGACAGGGCCUAAGGGACUUGCCCGAAGUCACACAGGCAGUCUAUGGUGGAGCACCUGCCCCUCAUAGCCAUGGUGUAGAAGCCACAGGUGGGGAAAGAGGGCAGAGCAAAAGUGAUACUGCACUCUGGCAAUCCUCCAGGGCUCUAAGUUAUUCCAGACCUGACCAGUCCUUAGAUUGGGUCUUUAGGCUGCUCAGAUGCACUGCGGACUGACCAGCAUACAACCGAUCCGAUCCUCUGUCUGUUCACGUAUCUGGGCAGAGUUCCUCUGGGCGACGUCCACUCGCUCCCUUGAAGCCUUCAAGGAGCAGUGGGCGUGGUCAGGGGUUCUCUGCUCGGUGUCCCCGUCAGGCUCCCUUCUUUUGACCCUUUGACUGCACUCCUGUCCCUGUUAUUUCAUUAGUUGUCCCUCGAAAGAAAAAAAAACUGUUUCAGCUUUGGGAGCACAAAGGCCACCUUUGCAGCCCCCUUCUGAGUUGGCUCUGGGUACUCCUCAGCCAUAGCCCUGGGUCUAAGCCUUUGCUUCUACUGGGCAUGAGGGCUUGUCUACUCUUACAGCACUGCAGCGGCAGUAGUGUAGUGCUUAGUGAAGACGUGCCACCUCCCUGAGCGCUGUCUACACCAGGGUUUAGGUCAGUAUAACUGCAUCACUCAGAUGAGUAGAUUUUCCACGCUCCUGAGCAACAGUUAUACCGACGUAAGUUUGUAGUGUAGACCAGGGCUGAGUCACAAAGGCAAGAGAUGUUUAGCUAUUGUUUCACCACUGCACAUUGAAAGUCAUUAUGAAGUUGAUUAGCAGUUGUCUGUAAAUGGGUUGGUGGGGGGAGGGGAGUAAAGCUUCUUUUCCAACACCAGUUUUACAUUGUUUAUGUUACUGUCCAUGUGCCACAGACCUCGUGAAGUAGAAUUGUACUGUGCACACUAAAUUGAUAGCUAUCCGUUGCAAGGAGAUAUUUAGUCCGUAGCUACAGUCAUGCAUCUUUCCCCUAGAAAUCCUUACAAACUUAUUGGUAACAAUAUGAAGCUACUGGAAGAUUCUAGCUAAUGUAUCUUGGCAUGCUAUCCUUCAGAUUAGACUUUACAUAUAGGUCACGUUGAUCCAUCCCUGUGUUUGCUGGCUGCACACUAGCUAUCCCAUGACACUGUGUGUGUUUCUGGACUGGCACAAGUGUUGCCCUGGCCAAUAUUUCCCCCUGGUGGUACUGUAUUCAGUUCAGAGUGCAUGGGCAGUCCCUUGGCCUGAACAGUCACAGCAUCACCAGGAUUUAACUGACUACUUUGUAAUGUGCUUUGAAACACUCAAGGGCAGAUUUUCAACAUCACAAAGAGCAGUUAAGCCCCAAACUCCUCUUUGUGCCUUUGAAGAGCUUCCCCGGCAGAACUAAAUCUUAUGCAGCCAUUUACACGAGUGCAAAGUGAAUGCAAGACCCUACCAGGUCAGAGAAAGGUAGCAUUCUACACUGACUUUUCACAGGUGUAAAUGACUACACCAUAUGCAAGGGCAGUGGAGAAUCAGGCCCCUGGAGGAAGGCUGAAAGCUAAUUUUUUUCUGUUACUAGACAUUGGGGGGGUUGAAUAUCUGCUCAAAAUAACUGGGAGUUGAGUCUUACAGAUGCCUCCAUGUAAAUGGAGUGGGUCAGCUUUUGUGGCCCGCAUCAUGCGGGAGGUCAGACUAGAUGAUCAUAAUGGUUCCUUCUGACCUUAGAGUCUAUGAGUCUAUGAGUCAAGCCAUUGAGCUUUUGAAUUCUGGCUCCAUUUUAUUUAAUUUAGUUUCAAUAAAAAACAACUGAUACAGUCUCCGGUCAGUCCUUAUCCCUUAACAAAAUCCAGCCAGAGUCAGACAAAGAGCAAACAAAUUCUCCAUUUUAUCCUGGACUCCCUAGUUCUCUGUAUAGUCCACCCCCCACCAAAUGUGACCAAAAAAUUGGUCUGGGGGAGAUUUUGCAGCAUGCGCUGAAGGGCAGCAUAGUCAGGUCAUUUUGCACCAAGUCUAGAGGUGAAAUGGUCCAGAGAGAAUAAUGUUUGAAGCUGAACCUACUUCCAUUGUGUCCUUCCUGACAUAAGCAUCUUUUCCUUUAUGUUGGAAGGAGAUUUUUGUAUAAUUGAAAUAAUGUCAGAGGUAAAGUUGAAAGCUGACAGGUCUGUGCACAGACACUCAUGAGAAAGAGAGAGAGAAAAACAUUCAGGCACUACAUGUAAUAAUUGGAAGGAAAAAGGUGGCUUAAGGGUGUCAUUGACCAAUCAGACCUUAUAAUUCUUUCCCAUGCACUCAAGUGAUUUGUAGGCCUUUGGAAACCUUGGCUCAUUUUAGAUUUUGCAGUGUUUCAUUUCAGUGCUUACCAUCCUGUUGAGAAACAGCUUUCAGAUGAACCAUCAGGAUUGUCCUGGAGUCUCCAGGAAUUAAAGAUUAAUCUUGAAUUGAAGAUAACAUCAUGUUAUGAAACCUACAGGAAUAUGUCCAACCAAAAUUGGCAACCUUAGCUCUUAUUUGUUAUUGGGCUAAUAAAGUUACACCUGCUUGCUUACACCAAAGCUGGAAUAAGUUUUGGAAUCCUUUGAGGUGGUAGAAAAUCUUGAUGCAAAGAAUGAUUCAGCCAUUCAGAUGCAGGGUCUAUUAUGUAUUUUAGGACAGCACUUAAUUUGUAACGAAAGAGGUGCCGGAGCUCAAGUAAUUAGGGGCCGGGACUCAAGCAAUUUUUUUACUUUCAUACCUGACACACCAAACCCUGGGGUGCUGGGGAUAUGAACUGCCAAGCCUAGAGGUGCCGGGGCCCAACCCUGGCAAGCCCUGGCACAAAUUAAGCACUGCUUUAGGAUAGCCAAUCCUUAACUUCUUACUGGAACUGGAUCCCUCUGUUUAUCAAUGGGUUUUCUUUUGAAUUUACUCAAAAAUAUUGACUACACACAAAAAAUGGAUAGGAAACUUCAUAUCCACAUGAAUACUGUCUUUUAUGGUAAAAUGAGAAUGACCAGUGCAUGCUUGGGAGGUAGGAUCAGGGUAGGAAAUUAUUUCUUUUAAGGGGACUAGCAAAGGGUAAAAAUAGAUUUGUCCCCUCUUCAAAGUUGGUUUUGUUUUUUAAGAGGGACACAUUUCUGUUUUGUACAUUAGAAAUUCAGAUAAUUUGUAUUUGUCACUCCUCAUGCUAGGUGGUGUAUGUACAUGUACACGUACACACAGAGUCCUUGCCCAAAACUGCUGCCUUGUUUUUCCUUUAAGAUUUUGUGGACCAGUGGAACGCAAACAAGCAGGAUGACAUCACAGUGUUCAGCAAUCAGAUGUGAGGGGAUUUUUCUGUGGACUGUUAAAUAACUACACCUAAACAGAUUUAAACACAAAAUUGGAGGAAAAUUCUUUUGAGGAUUAAGCACCUCACCCAUUCAGUUACUGUUUUUUCCUGCUUGCUUUUUUUUUAAACAUUAGAAAUGCAGGCAUUGUCUACCCUGGAACUCCAUGGAGUGCUGGAGAACUAGUGAUAAUUGGGAAGGGGCCUGUUUUGAAGUUUGGCAUUUUUUGACAUCUCUAACUCCAAAUAUAGUGUUAAAUAUUUAACAUCCCUAGCCCCUUCAGGUGAGAGAACCUAAUAUCCACAGGCCCCUUCCCCCAAACAGGCUCCUGCAAAACCAGGGGAGAUCAGACUUGAUAUUCCGGAUAUCAAAAAUUAAAAUAUUUUAAGGCAGCCUUUGAGGCUUCCUUUAUAUAUUAUAGGGAACAAAGGGUGCAAGCCAUUUUAUUUAAAAAAGCCUUUGCAAGUCACCUUUCAAGCAUUGCAGCUCAGUCAAGUUAUUUCCAACAUUAGACUACACAUAUUCAGCUAUCAAAGGACAAAAUCCUACAGCUCUCACCACAAACAAGUGUUGGGGUAUUGUGGGAAGAGACCCAUCCAUCCCUUUACCUGGCGAAUUAUUGCUUUAAUGACCAUGGCCCCUGAAGAUCCCAACCACACCCAAAAUUGUAAAAGUGUAUACAUAUAUAAUGCCAGCUCUGACAAUUGAUGAUACAAAAUAACACCUCCCCUUUCUGUUUUAAAAAACCUAAGUCUCCAGAGAAAAACUAGGUAUGAGAGUUAAGGUUGGAAAUGUUUGUAUUUCUCCCCUUAGUUACAUCAGUUUGGUGCACCCAAAGACGUAUUUAUGCAAAAAAACUGAGACAAGAAUCAAUUCCAUAAUUAAUAAUUACCCCCCCCCAAAAGCUAAUCUCCUUACAGUAAAUUAUCAGACAGCAGCAAUUUCAGUAUGCUCCUGAGUAGGUGAAAGUCAGUGUCAUUUUUCUGCAAUAGAACAAGAGGCCAUGAGACGUUGCUUCUUUUCUUGCUUUCAAUAGGAAAUUCUGCCCUUUGAUUCUCAGAUACACUUGAUGUUCUUAGGUGAUAUGCAUUCAUCUGAGGACAUAGUGGGUGCGAUUUGGGGCAUCCAAAGUUGUAAGAACAUGGGUGUGAAAAAUUGUGCAUUAAAAACAUGGGCAUGCAAACUUGUAUUUGCAAUUUGAAGCCAAUUUAAAAAAAAAAAAAAUAGAUAAGGCUAUAAAGGCCAGUUUUCUUUUUAAGGUGUGUUGAUGCCUAAAAAUGAAGUAAGAGUGUAGUGGGAUUUUCAAUGGGACUCAGACUGUUAUGCACUUUUGAAAAUUCCACUAGGUGUCUAUCUACAUUUAAAAGUCUGGACCUAAGAGUACAGUACAAAAUGAUUUGUUAGGAAAGGUUUUGCACUAACAGAACGUGAUUCUAUUAAAAGACACUGCGCAUCUUAAGAUGAAAAGCAGAGCUCAGAAGACAAGGGUAUCUGGUAUUUUGUAUUAUUCAUUUCCAGCCCAUAUUUAUUUCAACCCCUUGUGUAUAAAUAAGCAUUUUUUACUAAGUAAAUGCAUAUUUUAAAAAAUGAGAAAGAUAUUUUAAAUAUGGGAGGCCAUUCAUACUUGAUAAAAUAAUAUUUGUUGCUUUAACAGCAAGGACUGAUACAUGGAGGAGAAUAAUGCUGAUAAAACAACAUCAGUUGUUUAAGAUCCCCUUCCUAGAGGAUUGAACAUCAUAACUGCUCAUUAAAUUAUCAGAGAAAUAGAGUGAAAAUCCCAUGUUGAAUGACAAAUGUGCCAAUUCAAAGCCCUGUAUGGAUCGUGAUUACACCAACGUAAAUCCCAAGUAUAACUCCAGCAACUGAGAUCAGACUCUGGCCCACUUGUCAUAUUUUAUGGGUGAGGUGGAGCAAAGUUGGGAAUUCAGCCUAUAAUGAAGAAAAGGUGGAUUUCUUAUUUGUAAUAUUUGAAGAAGAGGAAGCUUGUUAUUUUGUAAAGCCACACUGAUAAAUGCUGAGACUUUUGAGAUCCUAAUUGUGCUCAGUGCUUUUUCCCUCUUUUGUAAUAGUGCCUCACUUGAUGGCUGAUGGUUAGAAAAUCCAGUAGCCCAGGGAUCCACAGCAUUCAAGAGAGUCUGGCUUACACAUUUGGUUGGGGGCAAAAAGCUCUAAUUCAUAUUGAAUUCACUCACUGCAUUCCAAAAUUACUGAAAGGUUUGGAGAACUCCAGUGUUACAAAGUAGUCUUCAUUUAUUACGACAGAUCGCUUGCUAAUUGUCCAUGGUUCCAUGAAGAGAUGCAAGCCUCACAUUUCGAUCACUGGUAUCCAUUUUGCAUUUAAACUUUCUUAUGAUAUUGACCGGAUUGUUUGGAAUGUGGAGACAAGGGAGCAAGCUUGCAUACGAUAGUGAUUUUUAAUAUUUUACAUUCAUCUAUUUAUGAAUUUAUAAUAAAAAUAAGUUUAUUUUUAAAAAUAUGAAACCUGCUUUUUUUGGUAAAUUCCUAUGGUGGAUACAUGGCACUGUGUAUUGUUAAACAAAUUUCAUUAAAAUAUGCAUUUGGGAA